AUGGUGCGGAUAUUAGAACAGCAAGGCCAAAUGCUAACACGAAUAAAUACACCAUCAAAUUCAUCACGUGAAUUUAACGUCAAGUUGCCGAUCAUCAAUCUACCUGUAUUCAGCGGGCAUAUGGAAGAGUGGAAAAGGUAUGCUGAUACAUUUAAAACUUUAAUUCACAAUAGUGAUUUGUCAAAUGUACAAAAGCAUCAAUAUCUGGUAAGCUCAUUGAGCGGCGCGGCCGCGCGAGUAGUUGAAUCUAUUGAAAUUUCUGAGCAAAAUUACGAGAUUGCAUGGGAUUUGUUGAAAGAACGCUAUGAAGACGAAAGAGCGAUUCGCAAGCGACAUGUGCAAUGUUUAUUCGAAUUGCCGCGCGUGCAUCGAGAAUCAUCUAACGCAAUUCGAGAUCUUAUAGAUCACGUUCAAAAACAUUUGAGAAUUUUACAAUCUAUGAAACUUCCCACGGAAUCAUGGGGAGAGCUAAUCAUAUCUUUAAUCGAGAAAAAUUUAGAUAGCGCCACAAGGAAGCGCUGGGAGGAACACGCCGAGAUGCAUGAAGAACUGACGACCAAAACCAUGAUUGAUUUCUUGCAGCGUCGAUGCCAGGUGUUGGAACGAGCAGCCUUGAGCGAAGGGAUAAAGGAUGUUACCAGCGGAGUAAAGACUAGCGAGAAGAACGACAACAAUAAAAUCAAAUUAGCGUCAAAUUCAAGAUUGCAAACCAAAACAACAUUGUCAACAACCAUACAAGGAGGGCGAUGUUACUUCUGUCAAGGCCCGCAUCUUAUUUACACUUGUAAUCAAUUUUUGAAUUUGUCUGUUAAGGAUAGGAUUCAAACCGUCAAACAAUUAAAAUUAUGCAUCAACUGUCUUCGCAACGAUCAUUUUGUCGCAAGAUGUACUUCAAGUUCAUGUCGAGAAUGUGGUGAGCGCCACAACACGUUGUGCCAUUUGAGCAGGGGCGUAUCAACUCCAACCACAAGGGAGAAUCCUGAGACCACCACUGCGGAGAGAAGAGCGAGCGUGAAUCUGGUGACGGGUUCCGAACGGAGCACGUCGGAAAGGGCCGAGGACGAUGCGAGCGGUCCACUUGUUCAUCACGUGCAAAGAGAAACUUCAAAGUGUAAGCGUAUUCUUAUGUCAACCGCAAUUGUAGAGGCGAAGGCGCAUAACUAUUGUAACCGACAAUUAAGAGUUCUCUUAGACAGCGCGAGCGAGACGAAUUUUAUAACAUUAGCGGCAUGCAAGGAACUCGGAUUGAGGAUGGGUAAUGUUUGCGAAUCAAUUAGCGGUUUAAACAACAUGAAUUGCGAUAUCAAGCAUGGUUGUCAAUUAAAAUUAAAAUCGCGAAUUUCAAAUUAUGAAGUGAGUUUGUAUUGUUUGGUUGCUCCGAGUUUAACGAAAGAAUUGCCAUCGUUUUCGAUUCGAGCUUCGCAGAUAUCAAUUCCAGAAAACCUCAAAUUAGCGGACCCAUUAUUUUAUAGUCCGAGCAAAAUAGAUGUAUUGAUAGGCGGAGAAAUUUUCUUUAACUUACUUGAAGCUGGGAAAAUCGAGUUGAGUCAGGAUUUGCCUACCUUGCAAAAUAGCAAAUUCGGAUGGUUAAUAGCGGGCCCGAUACCCGAGCGUUUGGUCAUGAAGCAGCCGGCUGAUCGAUCAUCGUUGAACGCUCAUAUAUGUUUAUUAACGCAGAAGGACGAGGAGAACAAUAUGUUAUCACGAUUUUGGGAAUUAGAAGAAUAUCCAGUUGAGGGACGCGUUACCAUGUCGGCCGAGGAAUUGGAAUGCGAGAGUUAUUUUGUAAAUACUAUGACUCGAGACUCAUUCGGGCGAUUUAUCGUUAGGUUACCGUUUCGAAAGAACAAAAACAAACUUGGUGAGUCGAAACCGAUGGCAAUAAGGCGAUUGAAGUUAUUGGAGCGUAGAUUUCUGCGCGAUCCGGAGUUUGGUCGUCAAUAUGCUGCAUUUAUGCCAGAAUAUAUCGAUCUAAAUCAUAUGUCAAGGACAACGGAAAAUUUAAAUAUUGCAUCAUCUAUUUAUUUGCCGCAUCACGGUGUAUUGCGCGAAUCGAGUGUCACAACAAAGUUGCGCGUUGUAUUCGACGGUUCGGCAAAGACGUCUUCGGGUGUGUCGUUGAAUGACUCGUUAAUGGUCGGAGCGGCGUUGCAGGAUAAUAUAAUAGACAUAAUUUUACGAUUUCGACUACAUGCAGUUGCGAUUACUGCUGACUUAAAGAAAAUGUAUAGACAAGUGCUAAUCAAUAAGCUAGAUCGCAAUUACCAAAGAAUUUUUUGGCGUUUUUCGACAAAUGAACCGAUACAAGAAUUCCGAUUGAAUACAGUCACAUACGGACUGGCGUGCGCUCCAUUUUUAGCCAUACGUUGCGUCCGACAACUAGCGAAUGAAGCAGUGAAUGAAUUUCGCGAAGCAUCACAAGUUUUGUUAAAUGAUUUAUACGUUGACGAUAUUUUAACCGGAGUUAGUUGUGAGAGCGAUGCGAUCGAGUUAAUCAAUCAAUUAACAACUCUAUUAGGUAGCGGAGGAUUCGAGCCUCAUAAAUGGCACUCUAAUUGCGGAGCGAUUCUGGGUGAUCGAAACAGAGUCGAGCAAUCGUCGUCGGUGGCGAUUGAUACAAACAACGUAAAAACAUUGGGUUUGAUAUGGCAUCCGAACGGAGACAUGUUCGAGUUUUCAAUCAAGGCGAUAGCAAACCCAAGUAAAACCAAACGAGAGGUUUUAUCGACAGUUUCGAGAUUGUUCGAUCCGUUGGGAUUGAUUAGUCCAAUUUUAAUUCGAGUCAAGAUAAUCAUGCAACAAACAUGGGCGGCAAAUUUAAGUUGGGAUGACCCGCUAACAAGUAAUCUUCAACGAUUAUGGGAUGCGUAUGUAAGGGAUUUGAAUGAUGUAAAUUCAAUUCGAAUUCCUCGUAGAGUCAUCUUGAAUAAUUCAAUUAGAAUUUGUUUACAUGCGUUCAGUGAUGCCUCAUUGAAGGCAUACGGAGCAUGCGUUUAUUUGCAGACCAUUGACGAGGACGGUAGCGUUAAAUCGGCGUUGCUUUGCUCCAAAUCACGGGUCUCGCCGAUAAGAAAUAAAACAAUAACACUUCCCAGACUUGAAUUGUGCGGGGCCGUUGCAUUGGUUAGACUGGUGAAAAAUGUGCGACGAGCUUUAAAAGUUGACUUUGAUAAAAUAUAUGCAUGGACGGAUUCCACAAUUGUAUUGGCGUGGAUAUCAGGCGAUCCGUCUCGUCAGAAAACAUUUGUGUCAAAUCGAAGUGCAGAAAUACAGUCUAGUCUUCCGUCCGAUUGUUGGAGACAUGUUCGAAGUAGCGAUAAUCCCGCCGAUCUAAUUUCGCGAGGCACAAAUCUAAAGGACUUGCAACAAUGUAAACUUUGGUGGGAGGGUCCGAAUUGGUUAUCAAAAUUUGACAAUUAUGUUGAAAAUAAAUUAGAAUCAAUCACUUUAUCUCAAGAUGAGACCGAAAUUGUGGAAUCCGAGCAAAAAUCAGAACUGCAAGUAUUAGUGAGUCUCAAUGGCGCGGAUCGAGCGAUUUCGUGUUUGUUGAGUAAUUAUUCCUCGUUAUCAAAGAUUGAGCGUAUUUUAGCAAUAGUUAUGCGGUUUAUUUCCAAUUGUAAAGCGAGUCAAAUAAACCGCAAUUAUGAUUCUAUCUCAAUUAAAGAAAUACACACCGCCAAUCAAUUAUUAGUUCGCGAGACUCAAACUAUUUGCUUCGCAAAGGAAUUAGCGGAUUUAAAGGCAAAUAAACCAAUUAGUUCAAGCAGCAAAUUAUUAUCUCUCAGCCCAUUCAUUGAUGAAACCGGACUCAUCAGGGUGGGCGGAAGAUUGCAACAUUCGAUCGCAUCGUUCAGGAAGAAGCAUCCGAUUUUGUUACCGUGCGACAGUAGAUUUACGCAACUAUUAUUCGAGCGUGAACAUCUCAGAUUAUUACAUGCAGGGCCACAAGCACUAUUAUACUCGAUUCGCGAAAGAUAUUGGACAAUUAAUGGAAGAGCUUUAGCCAGAAAAAUUGUAUACAAAUGCGUUAACUGCUUUCGUAACAGUCCAAGGUCGCUAUCACAGAUAAUGGGGCAAUUGCCAUCAGAUCGAGUUAGUCCAAAACGCCCAUUUUUUGUGACUGGCAUAGAUUUCGCGGGGCCAAUCACGACUUUGGUGAAUCGAGGCCGCGCGGUCAGCGAUCUCACUGCGAGCGCGUUUAUAGCGGCACUUAGACGUUUCGUGGGACGUCGAGGAUGUCCGCAGCGCAUCUACAGCGAUAAUGCGACUAAUUUUGUCGGCGCAAAAAAUGAAAUCAAAGAAAUUCAAGAGUUUAUCAAGUCAAACGUUAGGAACAUUAGCGAUGAAUUUUGCAUACCUAAUAACAUCGAGUGGAAGUUUAUUCCACCUGCAUCCCCUCAUAUGAGGGGGCUGUGGGAAGCCGGAAUUAAGUCAUGUAAAUUCCAUUUAAAACGAAUUAUAGGCGGUAGUUUAUUAACCUUUGAAGAAUUAAGCACUGUGUUAAUACAAAUCGAAGCUUGUUUGAACUCCCGACCGAUUUGUCAACUGCCAUCCACACCAAUGGACUUACAACCAUUGACGCCGGGACAUUUUAUCAUCGGGGAACCGUUGAUAGCAGUACCAGAGGUGGAUCUGAGCGACACAGCAAUAAACAGACUCAGCAGAUGGCAAUUAAUUCAAAGGAUUGCACAAAACUUUUGGAAAAGAUGGAGCGCCGAAUAUUUAACAUCACUUCAAGGAAAAACAAAAUGGAAAAGAAAAACGCCAAAUUUGUUGGUCGGUGACAUUGUUUUGGUUCAGGACAAUAAUCUACCACCAUUAAAGUGGAAAUUAGGCAAGGGUUUAGAAAUUUGCACCGGCCAAACGGUAAGAGAUACGGGGUUGUCCAAGAGGACCAAAGUUGUUCCCCUCGUCGCGUUGUACCAAGAUGGAUACCUAGACUCUAAAACCUACAAAGCGCAGACCUGCAACAGCAGCAGCAGCGACAACAACAGCAGCAGCAAUAGCGGCAGCAAUAGCGCAGCAGCAGCAGCAGCAGCAGCAGCAAUAGCAAUAGCGGCAACAACAGCACAGCAGCAACAGCGGCAGCAAAACCAAUUAUGA